AUGAGUCCUCAUAAGCUUAACACUAUUGCGUAUGAGAAAGCAAUGAAUACACAGCUCAUGGCUGAGCAUGAAGUGGAACGAAGCCAAGCCAUUACUACAAAAGUGGUGCCAAAUGAAUCUUCCAGUAAGCCAGAUAGUGUGGCGAGUAGAGCUCACGGCUAUGUAGAUGUAGCUCAAGUCUCUAUUCCCCAACAAGUUGCUAUCCCCAAUGCAUCAGAGCUAUCAAAAAGUCAGCAUAGUAAAUUAAUUUCAAGGGCUGAGACACAGCCAGAACAUACCUCACUGCAGCAAGGUAUUGACUGCCAAGCGCAGAAGCUCAACUCCGGAAUCCCAUCUUGGAGUCAGAUGGUGACUAAAACCAUUUGGAAGCCCAAAUAUUCCCAAAAGGAAUCUCAACCUCUUGCUGAUGGCAAUGGCGAGGAAAACAUAUCCAAUGAGGUGGAACUAACAACAAAGAUAGUCAUGUCAAAAGAGAAGCCUCCAUUAGAUUCUGGAAGUAGCAGCAACAACGGAAUUGAUGCUACUAAACUUAGGCAGCCCAUUCAUAGACUACAGGAUGAAACUCAGGUGACAUUCAUCUCACCUGUGGAAGUGCAGGUCCCAGUUUAG